AUGUCGAACGAUCCUCCGACCGCGUUCCCCUGGGAAUGCAGAGAUAAGGAGGACCAGGCAAAAGACGACUUCACCCAUCCCCACCGCCGUGUCAACCAGUCUCUUGCUGACGAGAACAUGAGACUGAAGCGCAUCUUACGCGAAAAUGGCAUUUCUUGGUCUUCUGUCUCGUUGAACCACAUGCAACAAUCCAAUCCCCUCAAGCGCAAGACCCGUUCUUCCAUGCCCAAUCAAGCUCCUUACCUUCCCAUGGAAGUUAUCCUCCGGAUCCUCAAGUUCGCUAUGAAAUCUCCCACCCCAAUCGUGGACCCUUUGUCCCCCCUCACACCUGAGAACCUGUCUGAUAAGGAGAAAGCGCAGGGCAACCAGAUUGCCAUCCAUUUUCUGGCCACCUGCAAAGCUCUCCAUGUCGAAGGCACUCGGUUUUUGUGGGAGUCCAACCACUUUACUUUUACAACUCCUCGAGCCGUGCGCAUCUUUGCCGACCUCCCUGCGAAAUUUCGUCAGGGCAUCACCCAUGUGAACUUCCGUAUCAUCGCACGAUACUAUGACGACCAACCAGCUCGCCGACACAAACUUGACCGCUGCUAUCAUUCCGAUCUGAAGAAGGACCAUCACUUGAAGGUCCAGCAGCGUUCUACCGAAUCUCCUCUUGUCCGUGGAGGUUUCCGGUGCUACACUUGGAACCAGGUUGUCGACUUCCUCGAGGGGCUUCGUGCACCCUUCGAUCCGAGUUACCGAAACAGGAAGCUACCACGACCAAAAAUGCUCCCGUCUCUGGUUUCCCUCCGACUCGACCUCGUCAAUUUCUCUGACACGCUUCUCCCUUUUAGUGGUGCUGAGUUGCAUGACAUUUGCUCCCACGAGUUCGGCUGCACCUUGAAUGAACUUCAAGUCACGGGCAUGCCAUUUGACGACACUGGCUUGAAGGCCUCCGUUGAAUUGAGCGGCAUGCUCAAGGAUGAAGGACUGUAUCUUGACGGUCCGGCCUCGUACAUGGCGCGCUCCAAGUACCUUCAACGUCUCCGAGGGAAGAAAUGGUGCGCCAGGGUGAUAAGGGCUUGGAAGCCCGAUGAUGAUGAGGACAGUGAAGAGGAUGAGGACACAUUUCACAGCCACUCGCGUGCUACCAGGCUUGGAGUCUUGCCUCCCGCACCGAGUGAAGAAGGGCAUCCAUCCUCAGACCGCGACGAGGAAACCGUCAUCUGGAAACGAGUUCCUAUCUCUCGAGACGUCGAGAAGCGCGACUGGAUCCAAUUUUCUCGUUCUAGCGGAUACGAGAUUGGCGGCGUCGACUGGGACGACGACGAAGAGGGUAUCUGCCCCUGCUGCGGAGACACCCACUCGGGCACGUCCAUCCUGGAGUAUUUGAUGGACGAAGAGUAG